ACCAAUAAACAACAACCAAGGAGGAUCUUUGAUAGUAGAAAGACAAAGAAAAGUAAAGAAGAAUAGUCUUGUCAAAACAAACAAAUUGAGCUUCGUUUACCUGUCUGUUUCUCUGUUCCUCCAUUGAUUUGUAAUGUCUCAGCCUUCAGUUGUUACUUCUUCUUCUCCAUCUCCAUCUCCAUCUCCCGCCACUGAAGUUUCUGUUACUUCCCGCUCUUCGCCUGCUCCUAGUCCCGCUUCUUCUAAGAAAACUUCUGGCGGAACAAACACUAUUGGACUGUAUGCUGUCCAAUGCGGAGAAUGCUUUAAAUGGAGACUGAUAUCUAACGAAGAAGAGUACGAGGUUAUCAGAAGUACAUUGUUGGAGGAACCUUUUACAUGCAGUAAGAAGGGUAAUACCUCCUGCUCUGAUCCAGCUGAUAUAGAAAAAGACGCCACAAGAACCUGGGUGAUUGACAAGCCAAACAUUCCAAGAUCACCCGCUGGGUUUAAGCGAAAGCUAGUUCUUAGAAGGGAUUUCUCGAAAUUGGACGCUCAUUACAUCACUCCCACGGGAAAGAAAUUGAGGUCAAGUACUGAAGUUUCCAAGUAUCUGGAGGAAAAUCCCGACAUAAAAGGUGUGUCUAUUAGCGAAUUUAGUUUUACGGUGCCAAAAGUAGUGGAGGAGACUAUUCCGAAGGACGUUUUGGAGAGGAAAGCAGCUACUAGAGACAAGAAAGCUAAAGAUGCUAAGCCUGCUGAGUCUUGAUAUUGCUGUCAGGAGGGUGUAAUGUCUGUGCAGUUCAGUGUUUAUAAUCUUCAGUUUGUAAUCUUUAGUUUGUGUGGAGCUCUUUAUUUUCAUGCCCAUCUAACUUCAGUCUUUAGUAUAACUUCAUUGCAAGACUAUUAGAUUUCAACUAUUGUUAUGUCCCUUACUUUGCAAUCUUAUGUUCUGUUAUGAAAUACUCGUGUAGUCAUGUUCAUUUAUUUUGCUUCA